AGCUCUCUCCUCUCCUGACUGGUUCACUCGCCUCAUCUAACUAACCAUCCUCGGGGAAACACACUUUUAAGCACGCACGCACGCACGCGCGCACGGACACACACACACACACAUUGAAGCUCCGCUCAGCAGCAGCAGGGAGUGAACAGCCAGCUUGCGACUUAUCCCCGCCAUUCCCCGGUACAGUAACUUCCUCAGCAUCUCCCGGCCUCUGCAGAGAGAGAGAGAGAGAACCGCCCGACAACCCAACUGGAAACCGGCCCCACGGCUCUAUAGUAACGGACUGACCGACCACUAAAUCCCGGAGAAGGAAAGAGGACUAUCUAGUGCUCAGCAUCCCGUCAUCGCCGGUAGAAUAUACUUCAGACUGCGGAUUUAAACCGUCACAUUGGCCAAUUGUCCAUUUGGACGGAGCGAGAGAACUGGUAGUGCGCAGUGUGAGAACACAACAGAAACCACUUGACGCGGAAAAGUCCCGGACACUUCCCGGUAUUUUAGGAAACAGAGGGACGCGUCUCACCUUACCGAAAUACCGACUCCGGUAGCCUAAAACGGAGCCGGUCUGAGCAACAGCUACCACCGGCAAAAAUCAGUGAGGUUGCCAGGGUAACCUCCCCCAGCCAAUCAGCAGUCAUGGAUGAGAUGGAUCUGCCCCAGAUGAAGAAGGAAGUGGAGAGUCUGAAAUACCAACUGGCUUUCAAGAGAGAGAAGUCCUCCAAGACAGUCACUGACAUGGUGAAGUGGAUCGAGGACGGGGUACCUGAGGACCCCUUCCUGAACCCUGAGCUCAUGAAGAACAACCCCUGGGUGGAAAAGGGAAAGUGUGUCCUGUUGUAGACGACCCCUGACCCUGCCAUGACCUCUGACCCCAGCCUGGUGGGGCAUGGCAGGACAGCACUCGCCCCCCCCACCAUGAAUGUACAACAGCUGAUGUCCAGACCCCCCCCCUGCUAGUUUCAGCCACGUUGAUGCAUCACAGAUUACCUUUAAUAUUCAUGUUGAUGUUGAUAUGAAGUGUAUAUAUGCAGCCAGUCACUCAGUCACUCACUCAGUCACUCACUCAGUCACUCACUCAGUCACUCACUCAGUCACUCACUCAGUCACUCAGCCACUCACUCAGUCACUCACUCAGUCACUCACUCAGUCACUCAGCCACUCACUCAGUCACUCAGUCACUCACUCAGUCACUCAGCCACUCACUCAGUCACUCACUCACUCAGCCAGUCAGUCAGUCAGUCAAUCAGCCAGCCAGCCAGUCAGUCAGUCAGUCAGUCAGUCAGUCAGUCAGCUAGUCAGCCAGUCAGACAGCCAGUCAGACAGCCAGUCAGCUAGUCAGUCAGCUAGUCAGUCAGUCAGCCAGUCAGCCAGUCAGUCAGCCAGGCAGCCAGUCAGCCAGGCAGCCAGUCAGCCAGUCAGACAGCCAGUCAGUCAGCCAGUCAGCCAGCCAGUCAGUCAGUCAGCCAGUCAGUCAGUCAGCCAGCCAGUCAGCCAGUCAGCCAGGCAGCCAGUCAGCCAGUCAGACAGCCAGUCAGUCAGUCAGCCAGGCAGCCAGUCAGCCAGGCAGCCAGGCAGCCAGUCAGCCAGGCAGCCAGUCAGCCAGUCAGACAGCCAGUCAGUCAGCCAGUCAGCCAGUCAGUCAGCCAGUCAGCCAGGCAGCCAGUCAGCCAGUCAGACAGCCAGUCAGUCAGCCAGUCAGCCAGUCAGACAGCCAGUCAGUCAGCCAGUCAGCCAGCCAGCCAGUCAGUCAGCCAGUCAGCCAGUCAGCCAGUCAGCCAGUCAGUCAGCCAGCCAGUCAGCCAGUCAGCUAGUCUACACCAUCCUCUAGGUCCAUUAGAACAGAAUGUGUCCAGUCAGUUAGCGAUGAGGACACGGACUGGAGAGGACGUUGGAUUUGAAGAGGAAGUUGUAAAUUAGGCUUAAUGCUUCUCUCUGUCUGUCUGCUCUCUGUCUGACUGCUCUGUGGUUGCUGAGGAUUAGUUAUACUGUCACUGGCAGAACACACACACACACCCCCUGUUGACACACUGUACAGACGAGCCCCUUUAACUUAUUAAAUUAUUGAUGAUG